CGCGCGCUCAUUCAAACGCUGCAGCGGAGGGAGUUGCCAUGGAAACGGUGCGCAACACUGUAACUGACCAACAGUAAAUCUCCGUCUCUCGCUGCUGUUUUCACUGCUUUCAGGUGAGUUUAGUCCCUAAAAUCACACAAAUAUCACACACAACUGUUCCAGACACUUUCUUACAUGUAACUGACAUGUUUCUGUUGAAUAUUUACUUCACAGAAAUGUUUUACAGUCUUCGAAAAAGUCCGCUAGCAUCUGUUUUCAGAGGAGGAGUGAUAAUAUAAUCUUUCUACAAAGGAAGAGAAGCUCCAAGAUUUCAAAUUCCUGAAGGGAGCUGCUGACAGAAAUGCAGAAAACACAGAUUAUGAUGGCCGUGCAGCAGAGGAGCGCAGAGUCUCCUGUACCGCUAUGUACCAUGUUACUAUUUUUUUUACAGGAUCCUAUGUACCCAGCCUCAACCAUUCAUCAGAAGGACUGUGAAAGCAGGAACUCUUUGAACCACCAGUGGCAGUUUCCACAGGAUGAAAAAGGGCAUAGUAGUGGAUAAUGAGGUACUGACAUUAACCUGCCAAAAAAGGUUCCUCUGUGACAUCGCCGCGAAACCCCCUUUUUGGUUCUUUCUGUCACCUUUUUUUAAGAGUGUAGAUGAGUGUGCAGAGUUGGGACCAAGUCAUUGUUUUGCAAGUCACAAGUAAGUCUCGAGUCUUUGCAUUCAAGUCUCGAAUCAAGUCCCGAGUCAAGACAGACAAGUCCCAAGUCAAGUCUCGAGUCAAAAUAGGCAAGUCCAAGUCGAGUUGCAAGUCCUCAACUUUUAACUUCAAGUCUUAAACAAGUCAUUAGUGCUCUUUGCCCAAAUUAGUGUCUCAGUAUUAAUUCCCAUAUCAAAUUUAUAGUAAUUUAUAUCAGGAAGUCGGGUAGAAUAUGUUUUUACAUAGUUUAAUUUCAUGUGAGAUGGGUGCCCUUAAUAAAACUACUCAAGUUCAAUUUAGGGAUUGUGCCAAAUUAGUACAAGCAGUGGAAAAAAAAAAAAAAAAAAAAACUAUUUUAUUAGUAACAGAAUAUCAAAGACAACAUAAUUUCAUAGAAAUUACAUGAAAUACUUCAAAAGUAAUUAAAAUUAAAAGAAAUACUUUUUUUAGAAAUACUUUGCAUGUGUGCAUAAGAAGAAUAUAUGCUAGGUGUUUGUUAUAUCUAAGCCAAUGAGCCAUUAUUUGGAACCUCAAUGAAACAGAUUUAAAAACAUGUGAGCAGAAACUCAGAAAGAACCGCUUUGAAAGAACUAGAAGAAAUAACUGCUACCAUACUUUAUGUGAGAGGAAACCUGCAAUAUGGAUGCAGACAAACUCAUGAAGACAGUCAUUCAAAAAUGCUGUGCUACCAUUCUUUAUAACUAAAAGUAACAAAGACAAAAUGUUGUAUGUUAAAUGUUAAGUAUAUAAUAUGCAUAGUUGAUUUAAAUUUAGGGGCUAUAUGUGCUAUAGGCUACAGACUGAUUUACAACACGUGAAUUCAAUUAAUUAUCCUGAAAGAAAUAAAAGUGAAAUGUGUGCCGGGUGAAGGGGGAGAAAAAUUUAGUAUAUUUUAUAGUUAUAUAUAGACUACAAUUCACAAAUCAUUUUGUGAAAGAACACUUCUUCAAAUUAUAUUUUAAAAUGAUCAUUAGGCCAAUUGCUCCUUUAUUUUUUUUUCUUCAAAUUAUAGCUAAUUUUUUGCAAUAAUUAAUUUUAAACCUAGCAUAAAUAAAGGUUUACCUAAUAAUUAUUUUGCACCAAACUUUAAACCUUUACAAAUAAGCAGGUUUACAUUCUAACCCAUCAUUUUGAUCCUGGAUUUAAGUAAUAUUUAAAUCUUGAUUAUGGAUUAACUUUAAACUUAACUGAGGUUUAAAUGAAAAAUAAAAUGCACAUGCCAAUAAAAUAUGCAACUGAUUGAACAAAAACAGUGGAGAUCUGACAAAAAAAAUAAAAAAAAGGGUCUCAGAGAGGUGUUUACCAAUAAAAAUGAAAAUUAAAGCACAUCGAAUUGGUAGAGCUGCGAGGGGUCGUGGCGGGAUGCGGAUCCGUCACUCAUGGUCCACCUCGGCGUCGGACAAACAAAAGAAGUGAGGAAUAUGUUUAGCAUUUCACAGCAGCAGUCACGGUGAUGAUGAGGCGAGCACCAGUGAUCUCCUUUUUCCUCCCUGCCGCUCAAACGGGCAGGGCAGCGCUUUUCACAAGCGGAGAUAGCAACUACUUUUUUUUUCGUAUCUCGGUUCUUUUGUUGUAAGUUAUGCUAUUACUCCAUUAAUUUAUACUAGCAUAUACUGUAUAUCAAGCGCUCCCUGAACGCAGUCUCUGGCUUACUGCCAGUCAAGCGCAAGCACGCUGCACCCGUCUCGAGUGAUAACGACGCUGAUCUGAUCAAGUCACAGGGCUCAAGUCCAAGUCAAGUCUCGAGUCAUUGCUGUCAAAGUCUAAGUCGAGUCUCAAGUCUUCUAUAAUUAUGUCGAGUCGAGUCAAAAGUCAUCAAAUUUGGGACUCGAGUCCGAGUCAAGUCUUGAGUCAUGUGACUCGAGUCCACACCCCUGUGAGUGUGCAACUGACCAAUAACAACUGAGUAUUCCAGCAAGUUGUUUAUUAAUAUUGUGUAUAUAUUCUUCUCAUUUUUAGGUCCUGAGACCAUAUGGGGUGAAGAUCAAGACAACCAAACCAAAGGUGGACUGUAACCUACUGGACUAUAUGAUAGACUUCAUACUGACAAAUACUGCCAUGUAUGCAGCAUGAAAAGUUUUUGAAAAGAGGGGCAUUUCCUUCACCAAGUAAAAGUGUGGAGGAUUCAUCUGGCCUUCAUCGGCCCCCAUGAGGUGACUCGAUGUAGAAUAAAUCAACUUGCUUUAGGCUUGAAAUGACUGAAAUCUUCUCAUGUGAGUUGAUAUCAUUUUAAACAUUCUUUAAAGUACUUCUCAUUUCUUGUGAAUGUAUUUUGUUGUAUGUGUAAAACUUUUCCACUGAAAGAACCUUUUUUACCUUUAUUGAUAUUGUAAUCAAGGUUGUUAAUGCGACCUUGAUGCACCCGAUGGACUGCACACAUCUGCCUGUGUUUACAGGUUGUAUAAAACUAGGCCUGGCUGCAACAACUAAUCGAUAAUUAAAAUAAUCAUCAACGAAUUUGAAUAGUGCAUCAAAACAAAUAGACCGCUCAUAAUUCUGACUAAAAUACACAUUUUGCUCAAGUUCAUAGUUCUGAAUCAUUUUGACAUGUGACAACAAUAUUUUGUUUCAGAUGAUGUAACUGCUAUAAUAAAGCCUGUAUCAUAGAAUAGUAACUUGUCAUUCUGUUUUUAUUUUGUAGAUGUUUGUUGAAUAAUUAGGCUUAAAUGUAAUUUGAGGUACUUUAGUAAAACCAUGGUUAAACUAUGAUAUUACAACCAUAGUUAAUUUGUGGUACUUGAAACAUGGUUUUUAAAACCAUGGUUCGCACCAAAAAACCAUGGUUACCACAGUCAUGGUUUACUACAGUUGUACUAUAGUAUUACUACAAUAUAACUGUAGUAAAACCAUGGUAUCAGAACCAUGGUUUUUUAAAACCACGGUUCGCACCAAAAAACCACGGGUACUACAGUCAUAGUUUAUUACAGUUUUACUACAGUAUUACUACAAUAUAACUGUAGUAAAACCAUGGUAUCAGAACCAUGGUUUUUUAAAACCACGGUUCGCAUCAAAAAACCACGGGUACUACAGUCAUGGUUAACUACAGUUUUACUAUAGUAAAACCAUGGUUAAUUUUCAUAAGGGAUAAACACAAGCACACACAGAUAGAUGCAUGAUGAGGACAUGUGGUCAGCCUGAAUAAAUCAUGUCUGAUAACAAAAAGCACCUUCCUCACGUGAAACACACAAACUCUUGCUCAGUACGUUCUUUGUUCAGCCUGCAACAGACACUCACACAUGACAAAAAUCAUCGCCGCACAGUACAUCAUAUGACAUUUUUUAGGAGUCCAUGUCUGCUAUGGAACUCUUCAUUCUUCUUCCACCAUCUGAUGUCUUUAAUGACACUUCAAUGCUGUUUAUAGGAAACCUGAUUACAGUGAGCACAAGUAACCCAGAUUAUAUGUCAUACUAUGAUAUCCUAAAACUGAUGAAUGAAUCGCAGAUGAAUCGCCUUCGAUUAUGAACGCGAUAUUGCAUAGCUUGUCAGUGAACUAUGGCUCUGUGUAUUAAUAUUAAGUGCCGCUCCAUCUGGAAGCACGUGAAGGAGAUUUAAUACUAAUCACAGAACCGGCUUUACUGACGAGAUGCGCAUGACAUCUGCAUGCGAUUUAUCUUGCAGCCCUUAUUGGGAGACAGGAAAUUAAAUUCCUUAAUUGGAAUCACCAGGUUCAGAUUACAGCCCUCUGCUUGUUCACUAAACAAAAGCUUGUUGCACUCUAGCUCUCAAUUCAUUGACAAAUCGACUUUGGGAGUCUUUACUGCCCUGAGGUGAGUUGAAUGUUUCUACUUUGCUUUUUAGUUAAUGUUUCUGCUCUGACGUUAAGUUAUACAAGUUUGUUGACAAGCCUUACAUAGAUUUUACGCUGAAAAUAAGAAAAUCACAUUUUGUAUGGGCUAUAUGAACAAAUUGUGUGGGAUUAAAACCAAGUAAUAAAAAAAGUAUUAGUUUUAACCCACUAGCCAUGUGCAUUUUAUAUAUAUAUAUAUAUAUAUAUAUAUAUAUAUAUCUUUCAUUAUUAAUUCUGAACAUUUCAAAAUCAAAAUGGACAGCCAAUUGUGUUAAAUCAAUAAUUUAAUGUUAGUUGGAGGCUAUUUGAUUUGAUCUCUUCUGGUCAACUGAUCAUGAAUUUAAUUGUUUCUUUAAAUGUUUCCAAAAAAAAUAACCUACUUUCACACUUUGCAUUACAUUCUCCUUGUAACUUGGGCUACUUGCAAUGUACAACUUAAUUGUUUUCAAGUUCAGUGGGAUUUAUUUAGUACAGCCACAAAACAUUUAACAAAAUAAAUGCAUUUAUACAAAUAUGCUGGCUUCAUGUGUGAUUGAAAAAUGUAUAAAUCCUGAAGUUUAAUUCAUGCAUUAGACUGUCAAAUCUGUGCGUAAAAGUUCUUUGCUGGAAAAUCUUUAACCAAACAAGAAAGAUGGUUUGUUGGUCUUAGCUGAUUUAAGUUGGCCGCACAGCAUGGUCAAGCUGGUUUAGAAUGGUUUAACCCUUAAUCAUCCAUCGAGUAGGGUUUACGGUUAAGGUCCUUGGGGGCAGAUAGACCCCAAACUUUUACUAUACUAUUAUAAUAUAAUAUAAAAUUGACAAACUAUAUCCUUUUUUUUAACUUCUCAACUAUACAGUUGUGUUGUUUUUGUGGAUAUUUGAUAGUUUACCAAUUUACUGCAGUCAACUCUUAAUCUCUUAAAUGAUGAUCUAAAGUAAAUAUAAAAGGUUUCUAGAUAUUGGCCCAUGUGUUAGGGAUGGAAUGCUGCCAUCUGCAGGUUAGAGGAAAAGCUUUAGUAACUAGUUAAAGAGUGCAAUGACCACAUGUAUCCAGAAGAGGUCCAUAGGGACUCAUUCAUUUUCAGUUCCGUUUCAAGUCAACUUCAUGUUUCAACUUCUCCUCGCAACUUUGAUAUACCGUUUAUACUUUGAACACAUUUAAACAUUCUAAAAUAUAUUAAUCUAUUUUUGUCAAAGGUUAGAAUGUUGUUGUCUGUCUCUUGAAUUGUCUGCUUUUGCAAAUUGUUACAUAAAUUUGCAGAAAUCUGUCUGUGUGUUAUGUCUACCCCUUCACAUUGUUAUGCAUUUGUUCCGUGCAUUUUAUUUGCAAAUCUAAAAAAUGCCCUGGACACCUAUGUCCAGAGCUGGGUAGAUUACUUACAAAUUGUAAUCUGUUACUGAUUCCAGAUUGCAUGACAAAUUGUAGUCAGUAACGUAAUCCGUUACAUUACACAUUUUAGCUAAUAUAAUCAGAUUAUUUUAGAAUUACUUUUAGAUUACUUUGGAUUUAACUCGUUUACUACUGAUUUAAAUGGGAUUAUCUUGUACCAUAAUGAUGUAAAAAAAAAAAAAAAAAAGCAAAGAGUAAGAAAAUGUGUUCCAUUAAUGUUGUAAAUUACAAUGAAGUGUUAAACAAUUACAUCAAGGUUUCCCAAACUAGGGUUCGUAAAGGAAUUGUAGGGUGUUUGAGUUUAAUGAAAAGCUAACAAUUAAUUAAAUCAUUUUAAAACCGUCCCUUUCAAGGAAAGUCUCUUCACUCGGUGGCCAUAUUUGCAAUGCCUCUGGGCAGCUCAUACAAGACGAAGGCCUAUCUUAAUGAAUGGGGGAAUCCUGAAAUCUCAAACUGCUUGCUGAACUCACAAUUAAAUUACAUGCAUCAAAUCGGCAACAAAAAUCUGAAAUUACUUGCCCCAUGAAUGUUGUUUCUUAUGCUCAAAUAGCAUUUAAAAAGCUUAUUUUUCAGGCUGUGCAUGCGCAUUGGCUGGUCGAGCCUCAGAUUUCUAUGGUAACCAGGGCUUUUAAUGGCCGCUGCAGUGAAUGCCUGCACUAUAUCUAAAGAAAUAAUGUCACUAUGCAUUUUAAUGAGUUUGAAAGACAAAAGCCUUCCAAAGACAUAAUACAUGGUUAAAAACACACUGUAGGUUAUAAUUCAAAUAAAAAUGAAUGUUCAUCAGUAGUUGAUGCAAUGUUGAAACCCUUCUUAAAUUUGAAGUGAUUUUUGUAAAUCCAGUGGUCAAAUGCUGUAUCGCCACCUGACUGAGUAGUCUGUGUGAAUGUCCACAAAACUGGACUUUCUGAAUGUAUAUAAUCAGUAGGCUAUUUUAGAAAGGAAAAUUUAAAAGACGAAAAAGAGAAAUUAGGGAGAAUCUGAAUUUAUUGCUAUUGUGUGAAUAUGUAAUCCAUAAAUUAAUUGUAGUCUGAUUAAGAGCAUUUUAAAAUGUAACUUACUCUAAUUACAAAUACUUAAUUUUUGGAAUCUGAUUACGUAAUCCAGAUUACAUGUAAUCAGUUACUACCCAGCUCUGCCUAUGUCACGUGUGUGAGUGGACAUGCUUGUUCCAUGUUGCAGUUGUGCUUUAGUACCAGUCCUUCAUUCAUGAGUGGAAAUUUUCAGAUUUAUGUCAAGUUUGUUUUUUAUAUGCCAAUAUCUAUAAAAAUGCACUAUUGCAGUCACUCACACGUGUGCAUGCAAAUGUUCGUUCCAAUUUGCAUUUGUGCUCUAGAUCCAGGCCUUUAUAAAAAUGUAGCAUUACAACUGAUUUAAUCACACUGUAUCUCUUUUUGUAACUUGUAAAUUACAAGAGUUACAAAAAGAGACUCGGUGUGAUUUAAAUCAGGCAAAAUCAAAUUAUACAACUAGGGACCUGCACCAUGAGACACAUUCCCAUGACAACUGGCUAUACAAACAGCAUGCUAUACUCAUUGUGACCACACAAGGUCAAAAGUAACUUGGAGUAUGUGCACCUUUUGGAAUGUGUAAAGGUGGUCAAAUUGUGGUGUACACUAAUAAUGCUCAUUCUUAGAUUGUAUUUGUAUGCCUUUGAAAUAUGCUUGUAGAGUCAAACUACAUUUCCAAGCCACCCUGAGACCUGGAAAUAAGCCACUUUACUGAGCCACGUAACUAAAUUGAGUUACACAUGACAAAAGUCAUGUCGCAUGUAGCCUGAGAAAAAGCACUGUGUAAUCAUUCAAACAUGGACUUAAAUUUAAAUCGCAUGACAACUGUAUCAUGUGGCAUAAAAUUUCGUCCUCUACUCUACAGGAUGGCGCUACCUGAUUAUCCUAUUCCAGAACUGGAUGUUACGCUCAAGGAGGCUAGCCGCGUGCUUCAGCUCACCUUGAAUCCUGACCAAUACCAACGCUAUAAAACUGCCCUUCUUCAGCAGAAAGAUGCACUCCAGGAUGUCCAAGAACAGCUGAAGAAACACGUCUCUGGACGUGAAAACUGGGUGACUGAGGAAUUCAAAAAGCGGCUGCUCUCCUGCUACGAUCCCCUGCCCAAUUCCACUGCUGUUCCUUCUAUCCUGCCCUCCUCUAAGCUGAAGGGGGAGUUUGCACAGAUUGAACGGGCUACGGCCCUGCUGUGGGCAGCUGCCAAGCUGUACAGUGAACCACAGCUGGUAGAAGGGGAUACACCAACUGAGCGAACCCAACAGUCGCAGGUUCUUGCGGCUAGUCGCCUACCUGGCAAGAACCAGGAUGAGCUAAAGACAUACCAAGACAGCCUUCACGCAAUUUUGACCUGUCAAGGGGGUAUAUUUCCGAUUCAAAUUUUAUGGCAACCAAGUUCAGGAGAAUCUCUUUCUCCUUUACCUGUCAAUGACAUCUAUGCCCAACUGGUGCAUGCAAUGAGUCACCCAGCAGCAGCCCAUGAACAAGACCCAUCCACUAUUUGUAGUCUGUCUUCUCUUCAUCGCCAAGCCUGGCAUUCUGUGAGAAUGGAAAUCUUAAAUGCAGGGGGAGAAGCAGCAGUUUCUCUUGAAAUGAUGGAGAGUGCCAUUCUGGCUGUUUCCCUGGAAGACAACCCAGCACCGGCUGAUCUUGCAGAUAUGCUCAAUGCUGUCCGGCUAGGAGAGAAAGGUGGAAGAUGUUUGAGAUACUAUGAUAAGGUGGUGAACUUGGUGGUUUUUAAAGAUGGCCAAUCAGGCAUGUUGUUCGAGCAUAGUGCCCUGGAUGGAAUGGUAGCUGGGCUUGUUGUUGAACGUCUGUGGCAGCUCUCAGAAUCUGAAAACCGAGAAAAGAUAAACCCCCAAACCAAUAGUUUAGCUCCACCCUCAAACACUGGUUCCUUUCAUCCUAAACCUCUGAAAAUGCCACUGGACGGCAUAACUAUGCCAAAUCAGUCUCUUUCCAGCCUACAACAAGAUAGCCAGUCUGUCAUGACCUUUGAAGUUUCAUCUUACCCAGAUGUCUUCACUACCUUAAGGGGCCACAGAGGUUUAUAUGAUGCAUGGAUUAAUUUCACUUUGCAGCUAUCCUUGAGGCAAACACUUGGGGAUGCAGCUACUAGCCUUAUCAUGGUGACGCCUACUCACAUGCGUCACUUCAAACAUGGCCGCUGUGAUCCCACAUACUCCACAACUAUGAGAUCUCACCAGCUCGUUACAGCACUGGCAUCCUGCACUGGCCCAGACAAGGUUCCCCAGUACACAACUGAGCUUUUCCGGCUCUUUCACCUUGCCUUUUUAGAGCACAAAAACCUCAUUAAAGCCACAAAACUUGGCCUUGGUGUGGGGCCUCAUCUGGCAGCCUUGCGCAAAUCUAUGUCUCAAGAUAACCCACUCAAAAACUUUCUUGUCCCUUUUGGAUGCCCAUCAAUUUACUUGACUGGAUCAGAUCUAAUGGAGGGAGUUGAGUGUGCUGUAGGUAAUGUGUAUGCUACAGACCAACUGGCAGUCACAUAUCUAGGCAGGAAGGACAAAGUACGUCUAGUGCUGAAUGGGAAGGGUACUUUCGCCAACAUCCUGGGAAGUCUCAAAGAAGGACUUGAGCUCAAUCUAAAACUAGUAAUGCUUCUGGCACUAAGGUAUGCCAUUGCUGGGCAGAUGGGAGCCAUUGAAUGUCUCCUGCAAGACAAUGAAGAAAAACUAGUAAAUGGAUCUUCAGCGGAUGAUGCAGUCAAAGCUGUAGAGCAGAAAGGACACGGCAAAACCAUGAAGCCAGAUUUCACUUUAGUGAUUCAUGGCGGGGCAGGAGAGGAAAUUAUGUUGAAUGAAAAGGUGAUUGGAACCAUCGAAUUUGCGCUUCAAACAGCUCUAACUCUUGGAGCACAAGUGCUUUUUCAGGGAGGUAGUAGUCUGGAUGCAGUACAAAGAAGUGUCGCUGCAUUGGAGGACUGUUUCUUGUUUAAUGCUGGCAAAGGAUCCGUAUAUAACAGAGAUGGGGAGCAUGAAAUGGAAGCCACCAUUGUGGAUGGACAUGGAAAGAACUCUGGAUCUGUGGCUUGCAUGCGAAGAGUGAAAAACCCAAUAAAAGCAGCCCGAUGUGUUAUGGAAAAGAGUGUGCACUCCCUACUGAUUGGAGAAGGUGCAGAAGAGUUUCUAGACCAUCUUGGAGAGAAAGAAACAACACUGAAAUCAGAGUACUUUGACACUGACAUAAGAUACAAGGAGUUGCUUAUGAAGUCAGGUGACGACAAGAAUAUCCAUCCUCAAACCGUAGGUGCAGUUGGGCUGGAUAAGUGGGGCAAGUUAGCAGCAGCCACAUCUACCGGAGGUUUAGUUGGCAAGUGGAAAGGCAGAGUUGGUGACACUGCUAUAGUUGGGGCAGGAAUAUAUGCUGAUGAGAAACUUGCCGUGACAUGUUCUGGUGAUGGUGAUGCUUUCUUGCGCCAAUCAGUUGCUCAUAAAGUAGCCAGCUUAUACAACCUCAAAGGUUACGGUCUCAGACAGGCUUGUCAGGAAGUUAUCCAUAAUGAUCUGGAGGGAAAGUGUGCAGGAAUUAUUGCUGUGGACCAUCAAGGUGAGGCCGUUAUUGAAACCAACGCUGGGGUCAUGUUUUUUGGUUCAAUGAUCAACGGCAUUCCUCGAACUGAAGUUUUGAGACCUAUGAAGGGGUUUUCGAAUGUGAUUUGGGAGACUGAUGAAUUGGUAGCUCACCUACAGCCUAAUCCUUUGACCCCAGUAGCCACUAUUCUCACUCGAAAAACCAUUAAUGGACCUAGAAGCAUCUUUCAGUUAGUGUUAUCUGACUACGUAGCAAUGAUGCAGGGGGCACAGACUGUUGCCAAUCUACUCUGCGAGAAACUUGGUGUGUAUCGCUGUGCCCUUGUGUCCAUGCCAGAAUUUGACAAGCCAGCUUACAUCAAAGUCUUGCCUCUCCAUGGCCUAGAACCAAACUGGAAGCCUCAGCUCGCUGAGGAAAUGGAGUUCAAUCCUUAUGACCCUGGAUACUGUAGCUCCAAAAAUGGUCCACGAUGUGAAGAUGUACAUCUUGACCAAGUGCAGGCAAAGAUUCGCUCUCGACUCCCAACACCCAAUGCCCCUUCUUGCUUUGAUUUCCAUGGGGAUCCCUCUGAUGGUGGCCUUUUCCCCCGCAUUAUCCGUGGUGAAGAGCAACAGUGGCGUGUCUGGGAAGACGAAGAACAUGUAGCCUUCCUUACUCCUUUUCCAAAUACACCAGGCUCUACAGUUCUAGUGCCAAGAAAACCUCUUACCAGUGACCUCUUCCGUCUGAACGAGAGUGACUAUACAGCCCUAAUUGUGGCCACACGAAAGGUUGCUCACCUUUUGCAAAAAGGAAUGAAUGCCCAUGGUGUAGCUCUCAUAUUUGAAGGCUUUGAAAUUGAUUAUGCCCAUGCCAAACUGAUCCCAUUAGUUCCUCAGCCAAAUGCCCUUAAACCCCCAUCCGUGGCUUCUCAGUUCUGCCCAACUUAUGCAGGAUAUGUAACCUCGGCAGAUGGCCCCCCAGCUAGCAAAGAGGACCUUACAGAGAUCCACACCAAGAUCACAAAGACUACUCCCCCUCAGUCCUGGAAAGACCCCCAGACUCACUCUGCAUCAGCCAUUAGGAGCAAAUGGUACCGCAAUCUCUUUCAAAUCCAAAACACCCUGUUUCAUAGCACAGUAGAGUACUUCAACAACAAAUGCAAGUAUGCUUAUGCACUGACACCUAUCACAACUGACACAAUCUCCUCUCCAAUGGGUCUGGGGUCCGAUUCUGAGCCUGUUUGUGUCAACAUGCUGGGCCAAGAUGUAUAUCUGGCAGACUCUAUGCAGUUUGUUUUAGAGUACUUUAUGAGAUUUCACGAUGGUAUUCCCGGGGCUUACUAUGUGUCUCCCAGUUUCAGAGGGGAAGAUCCUGAUUCUACACAUCUCAACCAGUUCUACCAUGUGGAAUGCGAGCUCCUGGGCGACAUGAACACUGCCAUAAGUAUAGCUGAAGGCUACGUUGCACAUUUGACUCGGGCAAUGCUAAAGCAACAUUCCAGCAUUAUCUUAAACACAGCUGGCACACUAUCUCAUGCCCAAGAACUGCUGAAGAACUUAGAAAAAACCCUUCCAAGAGUAACCUUGGAUCAAGCCAUUCACAUAAUGCCUUCCUCUGAUUGCCUUGAAUGGGUUCAGGAGGGACAACCGCAGUUUGGCAGGAAGCUAACUCGAAAGGGAGAAAGAGUUCUAAUUGAAAAGUAUGGAGGUGCUGUUUGGCUGACAGAAAUGGACCAUCUUGGCGUACCCUUCUACCAAGCAUAUGUUGAAGGCUCGGGCAGGAGCAAAGCCAAGGCAGCUGACCUUCUAAUAGGGUUAGGGGAGACAGUAGGGCUUGGGGAACGUCAUUCCACACCUGAAAUGGUACAAGAGGCCUUACAGCACCAUGCUGUACCAGAGGACUCGUACAAAUGGUACAUCAACAUGCGCCAAGUCAUCCCUCUUCAUACAAGUGGAUGGGGUAUGGGCACAGAGAGAUACCUAUGCUGGCUUCUGCAGCACAAUGAUGUCAGGGAUAUGCAAAUCAUACCCAGACUGAAAGCCAAAAAGUUCUUGCCUUAAAUGGUGUAUAUGCUUGCUCUCAAAUGUCAUCUUGUGCAAGAAUUUUCUACAACCACAGGAUACUCAGUAACUAUAUUGACAGUUGCAGGGUUGUAGCUUGUUAUAGAUUUAUAUGGGCGAAAAAAAAAAAAGAUUGCAAAACUCUUAUAACGUUUAAAAAAAAAAAAAAAAAAAAAAUUGCAGAUGAAUUACCCUUUGUGUCUUUUGUUUUCUCAAACACUGAACUCAAUGUUACCAAAAAUAAGAAGCUUGUCAUGGCCUUCCAAAAUGUGAAAUUCAAUUCUUGUCAUGUAAGCUAGCUGGUCAAAUUUUAAAUUUAUUUAACUCAACUGGUGAACGGGAGAGCACAUUAAACACUUAAGUAAUUAAAUGGAUGGUUAAUUGCUGAUACCAUAACAGAAUGAGAACCACUAAACCGAUAAUUAUCAAGAUCAAUGGGCAACAGAUAUGCCCUUCUGUCACUGAAAAAAAUGAUUCAUUGAACUUACUCAAUUUUUAAGGUAAGUGGUUGCAAUCAAUUUAUUUUAGCUACAUUUAAAUAAACAAAUUUAGUUGAUUAACUUUGAACAUUUUUAAUUAAAUGUGGCUAAAAUAAAUUGUUUGUGACCACUUUUUUUUUUCUUCUGUGUAUUCAAGCUAAAAUAGUCUGGGUUUUAGCACAGCUCUAAUCCUAUGUAAUUUUAUUCUCAUGACCAACACUUACUCCCACAGAGCUGCACACCUUGUGACAACCUACUAAAGUCUCACAAACUGACAACACUCACAUAAAGAAAACCAUGCCUCUUUCUCCAUCUUACACAAGUCACAUAGGGGCAGUGUGUAUAACCAACACUCUUAAAAAACAAAGGUGCUUCAAUAGGUUCUUCACAGUGAUGCCAUAGAAGAACCAUCUUUGGUCCCAAAAAGAACCAUGCAGUCAAAGGUUCUUUAAAGAACUAUCUCUUAACUUUUUAUAAUCUGGAGAACCUUCUUUUGCCACAAAGAACCUUUUGUGAAACACAAAGGUUCUUCAGAUGCCAAAGGUUCUUUAUGGAACCAUUUAGACAAAAAGGUUCUUCUAUGGCAGGGGUGUCGAGCUCAGUUCCUGGAGGACCGGAGCCCUGCAGAGUUUAGAUUAAACCCUAAUUAAACACCUGAGCAGCUAAUCAAGUCCUUCGGGCUUAUUUGAAAACUACAGGGUUUGUGUAGCAUCGUGAAGCACCUUUAUUUUAAAUAAAGCAAAAAAUUUCAGUCUCAUUUUAUAUUAGGUGGCCUUAUGUACUUGUAACUAAAUAAAUAAUUUGAUACAAUGCACCUAUUGUGUGCAUAUGUCUUUACAUGUACUUAUAUUUAAAAAAUACCUUCAGGUAAAUACAUCUGUAAUUAAUUUAUGUAAUUACAUUUAUAAUUACACUGUUUGACCCAUAACCCACUCACCAGGGAUGGACUGGGAGUAAAAAAACGGCCCUGGAUUUUCUCCCAAAUAGGCCCACCACAACUAUAAACAGCUGCUACUAUCUCACAAUAUUACAGCAAUCAAUGUAUUGCAUUUAUGGCAAAUAACAUCACAAAACCCAUGGUGACCGUGCUGAAAACCCCCCCAAAAAAACAAUAGAAACCAUCACAGAAAUUCUAAUGGUUUAAACUACAAAACGCCUUUACAAACAUUACAAACCAUCAACUUUUAAUCAUUAAAACCAUUAAGUAAUGGUUUCCUGUAGUGUGUUUUGGGACAUGUUCCAUUAGGGUUUAGUGGUUUUAACAAUAAUAUUUAACCACAAUAAUAGGCAACCAAUUACCAGUAGAGACCAACAGGGUCCAUUAAAAUUUCCUUUAUAACCAGUAAAACCCUUACAAAUUCUAUUGGUGGUUUCUAUUUUUGUUUUUUGUUUUUCAGCAAGGGAUUGAAAUAAAUGUAUUAUAUGAACUUAAAUACUUGAAAUCUACAUAAAAAGAGCAGAAAGCAAAAAUGUAUGUGACAUAAUAAUAAACAUAAAAUCUGGAAACCUGAAACUAGCCUACAUUCUUCAAUUUGAGUUUUCGUGUGUGUGUGUGUGUGUGUGUGUGUGUGUGUGUGUGUUAAUCAGAGCAAUCACCUUAUAGGCUACUUCAUUUACUCUCUUUUCUAACUCAAUAUAUCUCAAGUGUAACCCGUUGUAGAAUCGCUGCUGUCUCUUUAUGAAUGAGUGGAAUAUUCAUGUCAGACAAUGCGGAGUGACAAAUAGCAGUGGACUCUCGGACUAGGGUUGUCCUGGGAUUUUACUAUAGUGCUAUAGGCUACAUGUUGUGUAUAGUGAGAGAGACGGGCAAAAAUAACCUGACGUAACUGCUCUCUUUUUUUCUAUUUAGCUUCUCCUAACCGCCUUUAUCUUCACAUCUUUUGCUUGCCAUCAAGAGCCCGACCUCCUUCGCAUCAGUGUGGGUUUAUUAUAAGCAAAAAUACAUUGCAUUAACGCCCCCUUUAUGUAAAAACAUAGUAGUUAAGGCCAUCUGAUAUAAAGUGGGAACAGAAUCUCUGCUUCCAGAUUAUGCUAUUGGGACAUGACAGCUAAACUGAGAUGAAUCAAAUGAAUGAAACAGAGGGCUUUUGAAUACAUGCCAUACUGUAUAUUCAUUACAAUGCAGACAUUUAAGUGACUCUGUUCAUUGAUUUCAGAAACCUUGCACUGUUUGCACCCAUUAAAACAUCACUCGCAUGACUCAUGCUCAGUUAUUUCCAACACUGAUUACGUUUUUCUCAAGUAUGUCUUAGUAAACAGUCAC